CUACACAUAUACAUGAAGACGUGAGGGAGGCAUAAUCAAACUGACAAGCACCCCCUGGAACCCACACACUUUGCACAGAGUAAAUUGGCCCAGCAUUUGGAGACUCCAGUGCACAAGUCUGUGGAGGAGAGCGCGCACUGACCGGAUUACAGGAGACAGUUAGAAGGCAGCAGAGGACAACAAAGGAUUCAAAAACAAAAGGGGAAAAAACAAUAAAGAUAUGCAAAAAUGUGUGAUUAAUGUUAAAGGAAUAAGAGAGUGGAAACAGAACAGGAUAGAACUAUUGCUGAAAGGCAAGGCGUACAACAGAGACUCCUGGGGUUACACAUCCAUCCUUCCAAAGAGUGCGUGGACUAUUCAGAAUUGAGGUUAUAAUUCAGAAGUGGAUCGAAACAACAAGCAAGCUGCACAACAAAAUAACUUGUUGUCUUUAAGUGGUCUUCACCGGGGGAUGCCGUCCGUGCACACAUUGACAGUUGCCAUGCCGAUACCAAAUCUUUCGCAGUAGACUACUUGCCAGGGCGGAGUCCAGCCUCCCACCCUACUUAUAGACCUACUGACCACCUGAUGAUCACUGGUGCCAUGGGAACAGCACGGGCCAACAGGUACAACUUCGCAGCGCCAGAUGAGGAGGGCCUGAAAAUCUCCACACUUGGGCUCCACAACGGCCACAGCUCGCCCAAUAGCCGGUUCCUCUCCCCUAGUGACACAUCCGGAGGAGAUAGGAUAUCAGGAGCCACAGGUCGUAGGAUGAACAAUUACAACGGAAAGAUCUCUACUACAGGAUCGAGCCAACUAAGAAGUCGCUUCGUCAAGAAAAAUGGGCAUUGCAACGUGGUGUUCUCUAACAUGGAGGAGAAAUCACAACGUUACCUGGCCGACAUCUUUACCACCUGCGUGGACAUCCGCUGGAGAUACUUACUACUCCUCUUCUGCUCGACCUUCCUGUCCUCCUGGAUGUUUUUUGGAAUAAUCUUCUAUUCAGUUUCCAGAGCCCAUGGGGAUUUUGAUGAGCACCCUGGAAUGAGUUCCUCUUCAGGGUUGGAAGGGAAUGGGCUUGGGGUUGGUGAAGUUGAAGGGGUGCAGAAAACGUGGCAGCCAUGCCUCCUUCAUGUGGAGGGCUUCGUCGGAGCCUUCCUAUUCUCCGUCGAGACCCAGACCACCAUUGGUUAUGGGUGGCGCUGUGUCACUGAGGAGUGCCCUGUGGCAGUGAUCACAGUGGUGGUCCAGUCCAUAGUGGGAUGCAUCAUUGACUCCUUCAUGCUUGGCACAAUCAUGGUCAAAAUGGCACGCCCUAAGAAGAGGAACCAGACCCUGCUGUUCUCGAAAAACGCUGUGAUUUCCCUGCGCGAUGGCAAGCUGUGCCUCAUGUGGCGGGUGGGUAACCUGCGCAAGAGCCACAUCGUGGAGGCCCAUGUGCGGGCACAGCUCAUUCGACCCUACGUCACGGCAGAGGGAGAGUUUAUCCCUCUAGAGCAGAGGGAUCUCAACGUAGGCUACGACGAAGGCAUAGACAGACUCUUUCUGGUUUCUCCUCUGGUUAUCGUCCAUGAGAUCGACGAGGACAGCCCCCUGUAUACUGUGAGCCGGGCUGAUCUGGAGUCUGAUGACUUUGAGAUCGUAGUGAUCUUGGAGGGCAUGGUGGAGGCCACCGCCAUGACCACCCAGGCCCGCAGCUCCUAUCUGGCCAAGGAGAUCCUAUGGGGGCAUAGGUUUGAGCCUGUGAUCUUUGAGGACCGAACCAAGUAUCAGGUGGACUAUGCUCGCUUCCACAAGACCUACGAGGUGCCCUCCACACCCCACUGCAGCGCCAAGGAGCUCAGUGAGACGGCCAGCCGGCCUGCCUCAUCCGCCUCCUCCCACUCACUAUUCCCAACCAGCCCCAGAAUCACCCAGCACCUCGUAACCCCCCACUCCCCCAGCGCCUUCUGCUAUGAGAAUGAGGUAGCACUGAGCUGUGGAGAGGACGAGGAUGAACUGGAUAGGCAAAAGGGAAAAGACAGGGAGGAGGAAAGGAGGAAUUCAGUUUCUGUAGACUUUCAUCAUUUGUUUCAGGAAACAGCCACAAUGACAUCCGGCAGCAACAUGCUGUGUGUUUUGGACAAUCAGAUGGAUUUUGACAUUCUACAGACGACCAUUACUCGUGAUCCACUGACAUAUAAAAGUGAGUCAGGAAUCUGAGGCAAAGGGAUGGCACCCUCAGACCCUUCCCAACCCCUCCAUUCAUAUAGUUGAAGUCGGAAGUUUACACACACUUAGAGUCAUUAAAACUAGUUUUUCAACCACUCCACAAAUUUCUUGCUAACAAACUAUAGU